AUGUUUUACUCCAGACAGAAGUUGAAAACCAAUAAGCCUGUGUCAGAUAUGGCCAGCGAGAUUAAGCUGGGGAGGCAAACUGGGCUAGGGUCAAGAGCAGUGUCUUCUGAGGACUUGAGAGAAAGCCCUCAACCUCGAAAGGUGUCCACCCCAGGUAGAUUCCAAAUGAGCAAGGAGGCUCUUAGAUCCUCGACAGCAUCUCUCAUCCUAAGCCAGAUGCCCGACUUCCAACAAGAGUCUCAGCUGUUUACCGAGCUACACCUGGCCAAGAUAGAGAAAAUGUUUAAGGACAACGUAAACACGAAUGAAGCCCUGGACAUGAAGACUUUCAUUAAGUCCAUGAAGAAGAUUCUGAGUGAUAUGUCAGACGAGAUGUUAGAAGUGAUGUUUUUGAAGGUGGACAUAGACUGUAAUGGCUUCAUCACCUGGCAGAACUUUGUGGACCACAUGAUUCGUGAGUUCCAAGGAAAGGAGUUGAUGAGGAAGAGCCAGUACCACCUGCGCUUCCACCUGCCCAUGAGGAUCAUCCCCCUGAAUCACGGAUGUGAGGUCAUAAAAGUGGAGUUUUUAACCCAGCGUUUCAAGAAGUUUGGGUAUUUCCUUACUGUCACCAAGGAUGGGAUCCUGCAGUUCUGGUCGGAGUCCUUCAUGCUGAUCGAUUCCUUUAAGCUUAACCAGAUUCCGCCUCUCCACAACCAGCAGAUGUGGGUCAUCGACAUGGUGUGUCUCCACAACAUGAACCUGGUUGCAAUUGCGUCUACUGACCAGAAGAUAGAGUUCUUUGAUAUUGGUAACUAUAAGUGUGUCCGGGCCUUCACCUUCGUUGACCUAGACAGCUGUGUCCUGGUCAUGGACUACUGGUCCGACUAUCAUCGAGGUGUGUUCUGCUUUGGGGACACCAAAGGCAACGUCAUUGUCUUCACCUCUGAAAAUGUGGUCAAUGGGUUGUUCAACCCCCGAAUCCUCCCCAGGACCUCCAAAUGGGAUACCUGGAUCAUUGUUUCCAUGCGGAAGCUCUUAAAUGAGAAGUCUCCUUUGUAUAGAAGUUACCGGCUGAAGGCUCUCCAUUCCAACUGGUGUCAACAGGUCAAGUUCAUUCCCCAGAUGAACCUGGUGGCCUCCUGUUCGGUCAUCGACAACUCCUCUUUGGUGCUGACAAUAUUGCCAUCCAAAACUCCCAAGAAUCCCAAGUUUUCAGUGCUGAACUUAAGAAAAGGGAUUCUUUGCUUUGAUUACUGCCCAGACAAGAAUUUCUUGGUAACUGGUGGCUAUGACCCUGUCAUCCGCCUGUGGAACCCUUUCUUCUCGAAAAAGCCUGUGUGGCUGAUGAAGGGUCAUCAGACCUCAGUGACGCACAUCCUGGUGAACAGCAAGUGCAGCAGCAUCCUCUUCAGCAUCUCCAAGGACAAGAAUAUCCGCGUGUGGGACAUGCAGGACUACAUAUGCCUCCAGUCCUUCUGCGGGAAGCUUUUUGCCUUGGGAAACUUCCCCAUCACCAGCGCCUAUUUCCACAAGAAUGACAACACCCUCAUCUGCAGUACCUAUUCAAUUGGGAUCCUUAAAGGGUACAUGGAGACCGAAGGGCCUGAGAAAACUGGAGAGAGGAGCACGACUUAUGGCACGCCCCUGUGCGCUGUCCACUACAGCAAGAUUUUUAAGCAGGUGGUGAGUGGCUGCAUGAGAGGCAUGGUGAGUGUGUGGGAGAUCGUGACAGGCAAGAGGAUGAUGGAGUUCUCAGUGACCGGUGACCAGCACGUGGAGCUGACUGCCAUGUCCCUGGAUGAAUCUGAGCGGUGCCUGCUCACGGGUUUGCGUGACGGCACCAUAAAGAUGUGGAACUACAGCACUGGCGAAUGCCUGCUGACCUUCCCCAACCCGGACAAGCUGGAGAUUAGUGGGAUCGUCCAUAUGAACAAAGUGUUCUACGUGACGGGGUGGAGUAAGAGAAUCACUCAUUUCAUGUUCCACAAGACCAAGCCGGUGCUCCUGUGCUACCACUGGCAGACCUUCCACAGGGAGGAUGUCCUGAGCAUGGCCAAGUACCAGAACCAGUUCCUUGGGACUUCUUCUUACAACGGGGACAUCAUCUUCUGGAACGUCAACAUGUUCAAGCCCAUCCUCAAAUUCAACGCCUCCGAAAGCCCCUUGCCCUUGCUCCCUAAGAGGGUGCAAGAAAGAGAUGACUGCUCUCCGGAGAGCCACAGGCCCAGCAAGCCCUGUGAGGAGAAGUGGGCACAUAAAACCUCCAGGUGGCCCCUGGGCCCCAGCACCAAGACUGCGACCAACACCCAUCUGAGGAAGAACCUGACAUCGGCACCCCCAGUGAUGAGACACCACAGAGACAAGGAGCCAGAUGGGCCUGCGUCUGUGAAGAAACCUCUCAGCGCUGGCAGCGUCAAGCCGUUAAGUAUGUCCUAUGGCAGAAGGUCAUUCCUCCAGGAGGCCGAAAGAAGACAAGGAGAAUUGCAGAAGGAGAUGCUCCUGAAGUUUAAUACGUCGGUGGAGAAGAUAAUCUUCCUGAAGAGCAGGCCUCGCCUGCCAUACACGGCUGCCCUGCUGAGCAGCUGCGCUGACGGCUACAUCUAUGCCUGGUCCAUCCACGGGAAUGGAGGCCUGCUGGGGAAGUUCUCCACAGACAUCAAAGACAACGAGGAUGUGGUUGUGGGUGCCAUGGCCACUGAUGAAAAUGACCAGAUCCUUAUCACUGGGGAUUGUAAAGGAUACAUCAAGGUCUGGGACAUCAAGAAUUACUGCAUAUCUACUGAAGGGCGGUUUUCUCAACCCAGUGGAACAAACAAGUUCCAGUUCUUAAUUCCUGAACCAAUCCAGAUCAACACCCCACACUACAUCCCCUUGGAAAAGAAGGAGGUUGUGGCCGGACAGACCAUUUCCCUGGCUCCUCCAACACUUCUGAUUACCUGGAAGGGCCAUUUGGAUAGUGUGGUCGACAUCCUGUAUGUGGAUAGCUUUCAGCUGGUGAUCAGUGCUGGUCAGGACCGGGACGUUAAGGCUUGGAAACUCUCCGGUGAUGCCAUUGGGACAUUUGGCCUGAGUGUUUGGAAGAAGCUGCAGGAUGCUGAGAUGCUUGGUGAUCAUGAAUUCAAAAAAGGCUUAAAGAAAGAGGAUGACUCCACAGACGGUUCCCAGAAGGCCUAUAAAGAGCUGCAGGAGGAGCGGGAUUUUGCUGAGGCCUUGGUGUACCAGAGGCGGGAGCAGGUGGCACUCAUGGCUCUCCUGAAAGGGAAGGAGAACACGGAGGCUGAAGCUUGGGCCAAGCUGCAAAAGAUAAGCCUGAUGUCCCCAUGGGCUGGAGAGCGCGCCCCAGAAGAAAUUGAGAACAGCUGGUGCAAAUGGGAGUCCAACGGAAAGCAGGUGAGCAAAAUUCUUGGAUCAGCGUACAAGCCCAAGGAGCGGUCACGGAGUCCUGGACUCCUCUGGCCCACCAACGUGCAGUAUGGCUGGAUGAAGUUCCAGAUCUCACCUCAAAUCUACCAAAGCCUGCAAUUCAAUGAACUGGCGCCUGCCUACCAGCCUGAUUUCAAGGUGCACAAGGUCCUAGACCAGAAGGGCUGGCUUACCAACCUGGUGACCCAUGAUAGCCGGAAGGACGUGGAUCCUGACAGGGAGACCAUGCUGGACACCAUGGCCAGCAUGCCCACUUCCACCAUCUCCCCCUCCUCCUUGUUCUCCACGUCAGCCUCAGGCUCCAGGUUCCUGACCAGCGUGUCCACCUCCCCAAGGCUCCAGUCCUCCCUUUCCUUCCAGCGGCCCUGA